AUGGACCGGUCCGAAGGGGAAGAUCCGCAGCCGGGGAUCCGCCUGCUCCUGCCCUCCAGGGAGUUCUUGCUGUCCCGCAAAGGGCUGCUCCUGCUGGCCGAGGCGGUGCUGUCCUUUAUCAUUUUCAUCUGCUUUAUUGCUUCCAAAGCCUCGUCUUUCUUGACUGUGCCACUGCUCACAUUCCUGCUGGCCCUGGGUUUUCUCUUUGCGUAUUCCUUAAAGUUGAACGAGAAGUUCAAAGCAACCUACUGGCUUUUGGCGCAUUUCUUGUGCUGUGUAAUCGCUGCGGUGAUCUACUUUGCCAUCUCGAUUGCUGCCGUCUCAAAAUACUCUGACGGGGCAGCAAAGGCAGCCGGGGUCUUCGGCUUCAUUGCGACCAUUGUGUACGCCGUCGAUUUCUACAUGACCUUUAACAGCCUGGUAGCGUCGCUCAAGCAAAGCGAUCCUUCAGAUGCCGCCGAGCAACGCAGAUCAGAAGAGGAUGCCUCCGACUCAGAUUCAGACUGAAGGGCAAAGCC